AAGUGAAUCCCCUGACAUGACAAUGACCUCAAGUAUUUAUAGUGGGACCUUGACCUAGGGUUUACUCGGUCACCUGGUAAAAUGACGAUUUUGCCCCUGCGGCCUGUUGGGCCUGCUCCAAGACUUUUGGCCCAAAAUCUUCUGAGAAUCUCCUGUUUGGGCCUUAUAAAUGUUGGGGGGGCAAAGCCCAUAUCCAACAGUCUCCUUGUCUUUCAGCUUGCCAUCUACUCUUACGCGGAGAGGAAUUUAGGCCCGAUCAUAGUUACACGUAUAUGUGGGAUUCUGGCUUUGGUUGUCUUAUCAACUUACCCACUAAUAGCAAAGCUAUCUGGUGUCGCCCUUACCGUGGCAGUAAAUUCUGCAUCCGUAGCAAAGAAUGUUUUCAGCAGUUCUACUAUAACUGGAACGUUCAUCCUCCAAAACAGGGCUGUGAGACAAGACCAAAGAGGAACAGCUAAUGGGAUUGCCAUGACAGCGAUGUCUAUUUGUAAAGCAAUAGGUCCAGCAGCAGCAGGAAUCAUUUUUUCUUGGAGCGAGAAACGUCAGGAUGCUUCUUUUCUCCCUGGCACCCAGAUGGUAUUCUUUAUACUGAAUGUGGUAUUGGCACUCGGAGUUCUUUGGACGUUCAAACCGUUUCUAGCUGAAACACAACAUUGAUAAUGGGCAAAAUGAACAGUUUGAUGGUAUACAAAUUACGUCGGAUUGUAUUUUGAUUGUAGAAUAUUGUAUUUGUCUGAUGCCAAAGUUGUACCAGAGAUGUGUGUUUAAUAGUAUGGCUGGGCACGGCCGGGGAAAAAAACUUGUUAGACUACGUACGUACUGUCAAGUGUCAUCAUCC